AAAAACUACAGUACAGUUUAUUUUAUUUCCAGAAACAACUGAAGUAUAAAGUAGCACAGAGUCUAGACAGCAAAGAGUACUACAGAGUGUACCAGCAAUGGCGGACAGCGGGCAACAGCCUGGGCGAAACUGACUGCAUUGAAAUAUCAGAUAUUGAUAUGUAUAAAGAGGAAAUUACAAAUAAUAGAGACACGUCCCUAGAGGUGAGCAACGAGGAAGGCUCGCCUUCAGACCUGGUGAGCAGCGGCGUCGUCAGCCGCGGCAGUAACAGCACCUCUGGUGAAGGGAAUGAAGAUGGCCCAGAUGUCGAAGAUGAAGACGAACAACAAUCACCGCCGCCGGACAAUCAGACUCUCCUACGAUUGUUGGAGCAUCAUGAAAAGAUCUCACACAUGUUCAGAUGUGCUCGUAUACAAGGUCUGGACACUACGGAGGGGUUGUUGCUGUUCGGUCGCGAGCACUGCUACGUCAUCGACGGCUUCACGCUGCUCAAGAACAGGGAGAUACGGGACCUGGACAGCUGCCCUGAUGACUACGAGCCCAUCCUGCCUAGCCAGGGCAUACAGAGGAGCAACCAGAGACAAUGCUCCAAGUUUUUGUAUGAAGAUAUAAGGGAGGUACACAAGAGACGAUAUCUAUUGCAACCGAUCGCACUGGAAGUAUUCUCAAGUGAUGGACGAAAUUAUUUACUGGCUUUUCCAAGAAAAGUACGAAAUAAGGUGUACAGCCGGUUCACCGCGCUGGCGACGGGCAUGGCGGACAGCGCGGCGGGCUCGGUGGCGGGGCAGCGGCGCGGCGUGGCCGUGGAGCAGCCCGCCGGCCUGCUCGCCUCGCUCAUAGGCGACACCUCCGUCACGCAGCGCUGGCUGAGAGGAGAAAUUUCCAACUUCCAAUACUUGAUGCACUUGAACACUUUAGCCGGGAGAUCGUACAACGACCUGAUGCAGUACCCCGUGUUCCCCUGGAUCCUGGCGGACUACGACUCGCCGGAGCUGGACCUCACCGACCCCGCCACCUUUCGCGACCUCACCAAGCCCAUGGGCGCUCAGAGCGCUGACAGAUUGGACCAGUUUAGGAAAAGAUACAAGGAAUGGGACGACCCGCACGGGGAGACGCCGCCCUACCACUACGGCACGCACUACUCCUCCGCCAUGAUCGUGUGCUCCUACCUGGUGCGCAUGGAGCCCUUCACGCAGCACUUCCUGCGUCUGCAGGGGGGGCACUUUGACCUCGCUGACAGAAUGUUUCACUCUAUAAAAGAAGCAUGGAAUUCAGCAUCCCGGCACAACAUGGCUGACGUCAAGGAAUUGAUACCGGAGUUUUUCUACUUGCCAGAGUUUUUACUCAACUCGAAUAACUUCGAUUUAGGCUGCAAGCAGUCCGGCGUGCCGCUGGGCGACGUGGUGCUGCCGGCGUGGGCGCGCGGCUGCCCGCGCGAGUUCAUCCGCCUGCACCGCGCCGCGCUCGAGUGCGACUACGUGUCGCACCGCCUGCACCACUGGAUAGACCUCGUGUUCGGCCACAAGCAGCAGGGCCAGCCCGCCGUCGACGCCUGCAACGUCUUCCACCACCUCUUCUACGAGGGCAACGUCGAUAUAUACAAUAUCGACGACCCGCUGAAGAAGAAUGCAACGAUUGGCUUCAUAAAUAACUUUGGACAAAUACCGAAACAGUUGUUCAAGAAAGCGCACCCGAGCAAGAAAAUGUCCCAGCGCAGUUCUACAAUACUGGACCCCAACAAUAUUAUACCUUCACAAGGUAUAACGCCGCCGGAGAAACUGUUCUUCCAUAAUUUGGAGAAUUUGAGACCAUCUCUGCAGCCUGUAAAAGAGGUGAAGGGUCCCGUGGGCCAGAUCCUGUACACGGAGAAGGCGAUCCUGGCGGUGGAGCAGAACAAGGUGCUGAUGCCGCCGACGUACAGCAAGUACGUGGCGUGGGGCUUCGCCGACCACAGCCUGCGCAUCGGCAACUACGACAGCGAGCGCGCCGUCUUCGUCAGCGAGGCUGCUGCGCACGCCUGCGGGGAGCUCGUCGCCGCCGUCUGCCCCAGCGACAAGACCAUCGUCACCGCCGGCACCAGCACGGUCACUAUACACCAUACACACUAUACACACACCCUUACCGGUUAGCCUUCUAUAUUGGUAUGAAAAAAUAGGAAUCUAGGAGGCUUACCA